CUAUCAUUCAACACCGUGCAAAGAUUACAUGAUCUUACAGAUCUUCUUCCUCCUGUCCCCUGUUGGAAGUCAAAAACUAUGAAAACUUUACCGCUCUAUCCCUCCAGAACACCUAUAGUUCUUUAUUAUAGAGAUGCAGUAGAAGUCCUACAAGAUCUAAUGAAGAGUCCUUUGAUAUGUGAUGCUCUCAACUUCAGUCCUCUGCAAAUAUUCGAAGAUUCUAGGAAAUUGGUCCGCGUCUACGACUCUUGGUUAUCUGGAACAAGAGCUUGGGAGAUGCAGAGCCAACUUCCCGAAGGGGCAACUCUGUUAGGCACCAUUCUGUCCUCCGACAAAACAACUGUCUCUGUAAUUACAGGAAACCGAGUUGCCCAUCCUCUGUUAAUUUCCUUGGCAAACAUUGAUUCAGAUUUGCUGAGCAAAGCUUCU